CUUUACCUGACGAAACCGGUUAGUGUCCGUCACUCAGCUAUCAUCCUGACUAAACAAAAUGCGUGAAAUUGUAUUUCUCCAGGUUGGACAGAGUGGAAAUAAUUGUGGGGCCAAAUUCUGGGAGAUUAUAUCCGACGAACAUGGCGUAGACCCCAACGGCCGCUAUGUCGGGGACCAUGAUCUACAACUGGAACGAAUUAAUGUGUAUUUCAAUGAAGCCACGGGUGGCCGUUUUGUGCCCCGAUGUGUCCUUGUCGACCUGGAUCCGCACACAAUGGAAUCGGUCCGUGCUAGUCCAAUGGGGCAACUGUUCCGUCCGGAAAACUAUAUCAUUGGUCAAGCAGGAACGGGUAACAACUGGGCUCGUGGGCGAUACACGGACGGGGCAGAGAUGGCUGAUUCCGUGAUGGACGUAGUCCGAAAAGAAGUAGAGGGUUGCGAUCUGAUUCAGGGUUUUCAAGUAAUCCACGCACUUGGUGGCGGAACCGGAUCCGGAAUGACCUGCCUUUUGCUGGAACAAAUCAAAGAAGGGUGGCCUGAUCGCAUUGUGAAUACGUUCUCCAUAUUUCCAUCGCCAAAGGUUUCUGACGUCGUCGUGGAACCGUAUAACGCCAUAUUCACCAUAGAUGUCCUCCUCUCACUCAGUGAUGAAACGGUUGUGUUGGAUAAUGAAGCACUGCAUAGCAUUUGUACAAACGUGUUGAACAUUUCUGCCUCAUUCGCGGACAUCAACCACCUCAUGUCCACCUGCGUUGGCGGGAUGACAACCUGUUUCCGAUUUCCCGGUCAGCUGAACUCCGACCUGCGCAAAUUGGCGGUAAAUAUGGUUCCGUUUCCUCGUCUACACUUUUUUGCUCCCUGCUUCGUACCUCUAGCCAGUCGCGGCAAUCAACCGUACAAAGCCAUAACUGUGCCGAAUCUCGUUCAACAAAUGUUUGACGCAAAACAUCUGAUGGCCUUCUGUGACCCGCGUCAAGGACGCUUUCUCACAUGCGCCUCAGUGUUUCGUGGUCGGAUGAGUAUGGCCGAAGUAGAAGAGAGUAUGUUGAACGUGCAAGAUAAGAAUUCACAAUAUUUCGUCGAAUGGAUUCCGAAUAAUGUGCAAAACGCAGUAUGUGACAUUCCCAUGCGUGGACAGAAGAUGUGCGCCACAUUCCUGGCUAAUACAACCGCGUUACAAACAGUGUUCCGACGUAUACAACAAGCAUUCUCUGCAAUGUACAGAAGGAAAGCCUUCAUGCACUGGUACAGUGGAGAAGGAAUGGAUGAAAGCGAAUUUGUGUCAACUGAAUCUAAUGUGAACGAUUUAAUCAGUGAAUACCAGGAAUAUCAAGAAGCAAAAGUAACCCUAUGAAAAGGCUUCUCAUUUCUGCUAUUUUCGACAUCCUUUAUUCCAUUUACUUUCUCUGGAACUCGUGGUGGUUUCCAUUCGUUUUGUAGCUUAACACAUCCGUUUUUCUGUCGGGAAAAUUGAAUUUGAUUUGCAAUGAACGCG